GCUUGGAAAUCUGGAAAAACCACCUAAAGGAAAAGCCGUCGGCACAAAUCCUUUGUAACUUUUAACAACCUCGAUACCCUCUAUCGAUUGAUGUAUGUACGAACGAAAUCAGAGUUCAGCAUGUCCAUAGGAUACUUUGUGAGAAAAAGUUUGUGCCGGGUUAUAAUUACUCCAGUCUACUCUAUGCAGUUUAUUUUUAUCAUAUUUUCUUUUAAAUGAUUCAGAAUUUGUUCUAGGUAUACCGUAUAUAAUAAGUAUAACAACAGGUGAUAAGCGAAAUGCUGGUACAAAUGCACGAGUCUAUUUGACAAUGUAUGGUGAAAAUAAAAAUAUAUCAUCUGGGAAAAUUUUCCUAAGCGGUGGAAAAUUUGAACGAAAUAAAACGGAUAUAUUUCCUAUUGAUGCAUCAGAUGAACUUAGUCCACUAGCUUAUAUUGAUAUUGGUCAUGAUAAUUCGGGUGUUAGUUCGGGAUGGUUUCUAGAUAAAGUUGUAAUUGAUUGUCCAAGCACAGGUAUUAAACAGACGUUUAUCUGCGAUAAAUGGUUGGCAACAGAUGAAGAUGAUAAGAAAAUUGAACGCACUUUACACGAGUCGAAACGAGAAAUACGACAACCGAAUGUUCCUUGGUAUGUUUGGGUUUAUACAAGCGAUAUACGAGGAGCUGGAACCGAUAGUCAUGUGUCGAUAGUAUUAUACGGAAGUAAAGGAAAAACAGAUGACAUUAUACUUAUGAACAAAUCAGAUAGUUUCGAAGCAGGCAAAUGUAGUGAAUUUAAAAUUAAUGGGACUGAUGUUGGAAAACCGUACAAAUUGAGAGUUAGACACGAUAACAAACAUUCAUUUGCAUCAUGGCAUCUUGAUAGAAUUGAAAUGGAAAAUAUGAACAUAAAAAAACGCUAUGUCUUUCGUUGUGGAAAGUGGCUUUCAAGAAAGGAAGGUGAUAAACAGAUUGUCCGAGAAUUACCAGCAGAAGGACACGAUAUUGAUCGAUCUCUUCCAGUUGUACACUAUUUGGUCGAUGUUCACACAGGGAAAAAAAGAGGCGCUGGAACAGAUGCUAACGUUUUUUUGAAUAUUUUUGGUGAUUUGGGUGAUACUGGAGAACGCCCGUUAGAAUAUUCAUCAAAUAUAAAUAAAUUUGAAAGUGGUCAAGUUGAUACAUUUACUAUUGAAGCUGUUACACUAAAUAAAAUAAAAAAACUUCGUGUUGGACAUGACGGUCAAGGAGCUGGUGCUGGCUGGUUCUUAGAAAAAAUUGUUGUACGUGAACAAGAGAACAAAGAGAUUAAUGCCACAUUUUUAUGCAAUAGAUGGCUUGCGUCUGACGAAGAUGAUGGUCAACUGGUCCGUGAACUAACACUUGAUGCAAAACCAAAUCUUUAUCAAACAUCUUAUCAUGUGAGCAUCAAAACUGGCGAUAAGACACAAGCAGGAACAGAUGCUGACGUUUAUCUAAAAAUAUUUGGUACAAAAGGCGAUAGUGAUGUUGUUCAAUUAAAAAAUUCUGAAACUAAUAAAAAUAAAUUUGAACGCAAUAAAAUUGAUAAAUUUAUAUUAGAAUUAAGUGAUCUUGGAAAAAUUCGUGCCAUCAAAAUUGGACACAAUGGAAAAGGAGUAGGUUCAGGUUGGUUUCUCGAUUAUGUUGAAAUUGAUGUGCCGACACGAGGUGAAUUAUAUCGAUUUGAAUGUCAUCGUUGGCUAGAUAAAAACGAAGGUGAUGGAUUAAUAGAACUAGAAUUACAACCAUCAGAAGAAAAACAGAAAUCACGCUCCAUUCCGUAUGAAAUCACAGUUUUCACUGGUGAUAAGCAGGGCGCGGGUACAGAUGCAUCGGUAUUUAUUCAGAUCUACGGUGUCAAUGGUAAAACUGACGAAAUAAAACUUGGAAAUAAAUCAGAUACAUUUGAGCGGAAAAAGGUUGAUCAAUUUAAACUAGAAGCAUCCGAUGUUGGUCAAAUAGAGAAAAUAAGAAUUGGCCAUGAUUCAAAGGGCUUUCAAUCAGGAUGGUUUUUAGAAAAGGUGUGUAUACGGCGAACUCUUAGUCAAACAUCUGAUAAAAGGAAAAAAGGCAGUGUUCGUACAAGUAAAAUAAGUUUAUCUGAUCCGAAUGUGGAAGAAUAUUGGUUUGUGGUUAAUCAGUGGUUUGAUAACAGUAAGGGUGAUCGUCAAACAAUAAGAGAAUUAUUACCAACUGAUGAAACUGGAGAUACGGUCAGUGAUAGAAAUGAAGUUGAAUAUACAGUGCACGUUUUCACUGGCGAUAAAACGGGCGCAGGAACUGACGCGAAUGUAUUUUUAACAAUUUAUGGGACACAAGAUGAUUCAGGUGAAAGACAAUUACAAAGAUCGAAUAAUAUAAACAAAUUUGAAAAGAAGCAGGAAGACAUAUUUUCAAUAAAAGCUGUUCAUCUUGGUGAAUUGAUAAAAAUUAUAAUUCGACAUGACAACAGUGGUGCUGGAGCAGCAUGGUAUUUGGACAAAGUUGAAAUUGAUGAUCCUCAAGAUGAUAAAACAUAUUAUUUUAUUUGUAACAAUUGGUUAGACAAAACUAAAGGUGACAGGCUAAUAUCACGUGAGAUAUUCUCCGAAGAGCGGCCAGCAGUUAGAAAAGAUUCAUAUUCAUCAACGUUAAGUUUCGAUAGAAAAAAAUUUACAGCCACAUACAAAGUGAACGUUAUCGUUUGGAACCCAAUUGGGAAUGGAACGAAUACGAAUGUGUAUAUUGUCAUAUUUGGUAAAGAAAUUGAUAUAGGUAAAAUGCUAUUAACAAUAUCAAAGAAUCAUCAUGAACUAUUUAAACGAGGAGCGCACAACACAAGUUUGAGAUUGACGUCAAAAAUAUCGAGAAACCAAGAAAAAUUAAGUGAACAAUGA